ACAACCGGUGUCCGCAUGUACCCAAGGUUAGGGGCCGAAAGCGUCUUCAAGCGUGUGCGUUUAGUGGCUAGUCUCAUAUAGCAGGUGGGGGGUUUCCUCUUCACCGCCAACAUUUUGACGGCAGAAUUGCAGGUGCUUCCUGGAAGCUCGAAAACCCCGUGAAAAAAUUCGCUGAGCUGUAUCACCGUCCACCUUCAUGCCACCAAAUAACCAACAGCACAUCUCCGAACCGGGCUUUUCUCUCCCAAUAUGCCGCCGGAGCUCAGGAAGCGAAAAUCAAAGGAAGCCGUCAUAUCGGCUCCGAAGUCUGUGCCCAGAGUCAAGGCCGUGACUCCGGCUACUAAACGGAAAGCACUUGAUGACGCGAGCCCAGUGCUGGCGAAGAAGCCGAAGCCAAUAAAAGACGGUAGUCGGUCGCAGAAGGUCAAAAUCUCAAAGGAACAACCCAAAGAGACGAAGCCCUCGAAGAAAGCACAGCGCGCAGAAGAAGAGGUUGAAGAGAAAGGGGGCGACGAACCCAAUGGCGCAGACGACUCCGCUCCGCCCUCAGACGACGAGCAAGAUAAUGCCCGCGCUCUGGCGAAAGUAGUCGACAGCGACGGCGAAGAGGAUGAUAUAGCCGAUACCGAGAUCGCAUUUAAAAAGGGCCAGGACGUUGGUAAAAUACCAGAAGUAUCCGAGAAGCCUACAACGUCCGCCCAAUCCCCUGAUGGCGGAAGCGGAGUCGUGUAUGUCGGCCACCUUCCGCAUGGUUUCUACGAGCAUGAAAUGCGUUCCUAUUUUUCUCAAUUCGGCAAGGUAACGAGACUAAGGAUGUCGAGGAACAAGAAGACGGGGGCGAGCAAGCAUUUCGCGUUUAUCAAGUUUGCCGAGGCACCAGUAGCGAAGGUCGUCGCCGACACGAUGGAUAACUAUCUCUUAUUCGGUCGAGUCCUCAAAGUCAAGGUCGUCCCCAAGUCCCAGAUCCACGAGGACCUUUGGAAGGGCUCGAACAGACGCUUCAAGGCGGUGCCUUGGAACAAGAUGGCCGGCAACCAGCUAAAGAAGCCGAUAUCAGAAUCGGGGUGGGCGCAGAAGAUUGCGAGGGAACAGAAGAAGCGUGACAAGAGAGCGAAGAAACUGUUGGAAAUCGGCUACGAAUUCGAAGGUCCCAAUAUCAAAUCUAUCGACGAGGUGGAACGGGAUCCCGCAGUGCUCGAAGACGGAGAUCGCGAGACGCCGAAAGCUAUCGAGGCGGCACCCGAGAUAGCGCCCGAGAAGGCUGAGGCUGAUACGCAGCUGGCCGAGAAGGUAGCUCAAGAUGACAACAGCACACUAGGCGGCGACUUGUCUGUUGAGAAGCCAGCCGAGAAAGGCACGGUGACGGCUAGCAGGAAGGCAAAAAAGUCUAAGACGAAGAAAACUAGGUCGUAAUAGGUUCACCGAGGGUGUAUAUUCUUUGAGUAGUCGGUCGAUAAUUACUGCCCAGUAUCUUCGCCUUCCAUGUGAGGAGCUUACUAGUUACAUAUGCGCAUCUUAUAUUGUCUCUCGAGACUUCGCGUUCUAUAUAUUGGCGCGCAAGUCACGCGAACCUGUAUCCUUACACGGAAAUAUGUAGACGUCUACACGUUCCCUACGAUAUUGAUUUGUACGGCCUACGUACAGGAGAAUGCGGCCGAGGUAAGAAGCUUUUGAUUUAUAUCUGCACAUAGCGAACCCGCCGCACCCACGGACCCGAAGGUCGGGCAAAGAGGCGGGAUUAUAAAGGGCAAGUGUUCGUUCUGCUUCGGCCAGGCGUAUGGACCAGCCAUGCCUUGACGGUAGUUGGGGCCAAGGGGGCGGCGGGUCCGAUUUCCUAAGAAUCCCGGCGAAGGCAUGAGAUAUGUAUGAUGUGUAUCAGGAGCAAGAAAGGAGAAGAGGCAGAAAAUUUCAGCUUUGUACUAGCCAUUUCCUCGGGUGCCAGAUUAGCUAAUCCCGUCCUACUGGCAUAGCCGCUAUCGAUUGGCCAGCAAGAUCUUGUAA